AUGGUCGUCGCCGGUACGCGCAUCCUCGUCGUUGGGCUAGGCAACACGCCUCUGCCCGGGACUCGUCACAGCGUCGGCCACCUCAUCAUCGACGCGCUCGCAUGCAAGCUCGGCGUCCGCCUCUCCUCCGAGCGCGGCGGGUUUACGGGCACCACCACCAUCGACAUCGGGUCCACGCCCGUCACCAUAACCCUGUUCAAGCCCAAAGCCCUCAUGAACAUCUCCGGCCCGCCCGUUUCCGCCGCCCUCCGCAAACACGCCCUUCCCCCCUCCUCCCUCAUCGUCAUCCACGACUCGCUCGCGCACAAGCCACUCACGCUCUCACCAAAGUUCGGCGGCUCUGCGGGCGGACACAACGGCGUGCGCAGCAUCGUUGCCGCGCUCGGCAACGACGCCGGCUUCCACCGCCUGCGCGUCGGGAUCGGGAGGGGCGGCGACGCGGCAGACUACGUGCUGGGGAGGCUGGAGGGAAGGGAGCGCGCGUUUUGGGAGGGCGAGGGAAUGGAGAGGGUAUGGCGGGAGAUCGAGCGGGUCGCGAGCGGGGCCGUGAGAGGGUGA